AUGGAAAAGUGUCGUCGCCGCGACCUGGACUCUGAUCCGGAGUCGCAGUCGGAUGAUGGGACAAUUGGAGUUGGGGGCACAGGCAGUGGCAGUGGCAGUGGCAGAGUCCUGGGCAUUGGCCAUUCGCACGUCUGUCGGUUUAUGCAACAUUUUAGCAAUUAUAUUCGCGUCGGGCGACAUUACAACGGCAAUUACACGCAGGAGCCGCAGAACAUGCCCGUGGGCGGAUGGCCACGGAGUUUGUGGCAGUGGGGGCGGGGCAGUGUGUGUGCCACACCGACUGGCAUUCUGGCCUUCUGGCAUUCCGGCUUACUGUCAUUUGGGCAUUUUGGCAUUCCGACGGCCCUGUCAUCGUCACGUGGAGCGGCAACGUGA